AUGGGGAGCGAGAACCGUCAGAUUUUCAGGUGUAGCCUGAAGUCCGUCGCGACGCACUCAAUCCCUCCCGAGCGAAAGCCUGCGGACUUCCGAAACCUGGGUGAGCACCUCUGGCAGUUCUCGCUCCCCAUCGAGCUCUUCUUGCCGCACGGCUCUUCUCUCGCGCUGCUCCCGGUGGGCGCGCUGCUCGUCAACGUCGGCCGCGGCAGCGUGGUGGAGGAGGCGCCGCUCUACGCCGCGCUGAGGGACGGCCAGCUCGGCGGCGCCGGGCUCGACGUGUGGUACAACUACCCGAUGCUCAAGGGCCAGGGGCUCGGCAACGAGGGCUGCGGGCCGUCGAGCGUCGGCUGCCCCUUCCACGAGCUUCCGAACGUGGUCAUGUCGCCUCACUGCGGCCAGCUCUCCGACUCGAAGGCGCGGGACCGCGUGGCCGAGCUGGUCGGCAUGCUCGAGGAGGGGGCGCGCUGCGGAGAGAUCCCCAACCGGUAUGACGUGGAGCGAGGGUAUUGA